GAAAAGUAUUGACAUAGCAACCGGGCGCCAGGGCCACAGAGGGGAUUUUGCUCUUCAUUGGAGACUUCUCUCGGCUUCUUUAUCAGCAUCUCAGGUUUGCUUUGCACCGCCGUCAUGAAUGAUGCGGUGGUGAAAAAGACACAGGACACGCUCGGUAAGCUGAUAAAGAAGCCCCCGCUGACGGAGAAGCUGCUUAGCAAACCCCCGUUUCUGUACCUCCACGACAUAUUCAGCGAGGUCAUCAGAACAACGGGCUUCAUGAAAGGGCUGUACGCAGACAACGAAAUGAAGUCGGAGAAUGUGAAGGAGAAGGACACUAAGAUCGCCUUCCUUCAGAAAGCAAUAGACGUGGUGAUGCUGGUCAGUGGCGAGUCACUAACAGUGAAGCCGGCUCGCAUCGUGGCCGGCCAUGAGCCUGAGAAAACCAACGAGCUGCUGCAGGUCAUUGCCAAAUGUUGCCUUAACAAGAUGUCCAGUGAAGAUGCAGUAAGGCGAGUCCUUGCAGGAGAAAAGGUGGACACGAAAACCAAAGCUGCCUCCUCCAGGUCCCAGGACAAGGAGAACAAGGCUCGACAUGUUGACAGAGAGGAGAAGAAAAAGACGAUAGAGCGAAGUGGCAGCAGGGACCACAAGGACACUGACCAGCCCAAAGAACAGGAAAGUAGAAGAAGAGAUGGAGAGAAAGACCACCGACGGGACAGAGAGCACCCUGACAAACACCGGCAUAGCAAGCGAGACCCUGCGAAAGAUAGCGACAAAGACAAGAGCAGAGAUCGAGAGAGGGACAGAGAGAAAGAUAAACCCAGAGGAAGGGAAAGAGAAAAAGACACUGAUCGGGAAAAGGAUAAGAGAAGAGACAAAGACAGGGAUAAGACCAGGGAGAGAGAUUCAAAUAAGGACAAGGAGAGAGAACGAGAGAAACGACGAGAAAGAGAGAAGGAGACAGAGCAACACAAAGACAUGGUGGACAGAAAAAAUCUAGAGAGCAGCAAGGUCAAAGUAUCGGAAGAAUCACAGCAAAAAAUCACAAUGGAUGAGCCCAGCAAACCUGUCAAAACCGUGCCUGCACCCUCUGAGGCAGUGGAGGAUCAGUCUGACAGUCCUGCAAGAAUACCCCGACCCUCUUCUGCCAAAGGACAGAGGAGGAGACCCAAAGUGGGAGAGCAAGAUGAAUCUGACAGUGAGGGAGAUGGGGAUUCUCCACUGACACAGAGACACAUCUCCCAAGAAAACCAUGAUCUUCCAGGCUCUUCAGUGCCUUCUGAUGUCCCCACCAGCAGCCGGCGAAUACCUCGACCCAGCAGUGCUCGCCCUGCACCUCCUCGUCUCAAACGACAGGAGAGUGCCAGUGAAGGAACUAUGACUGAAAGGGUUCCAAGUGCCAAGACCCCUGCACCAGUUAUUCUUGAUGGGAAGAAGUUAUCUGAGGAUGAAGAGGAUGAGGAUAAGCAAUUUCUCGUUGAGGAAGCUGUUCUGUCACCCCCAGAAGUCACUGAGAAGGAGCUGGAGCCGGCACAAGAGUUGAAUGGAGAUGAAAAACACGGAGGUCUUGUGAAAAAGAUUCUAGAGACGAAGAAAGACUAUGAGUCCUUACCGUCCUCUCCUAAAGAACAGAGUUUGGUGUCCGAGGCGGCUCGGAAGAAAGAGAGGGAGCUGGUCACUCGGGAGAUCGAGCGGCUGCGCUCCUCUAUCCAGACGGUGUGUCGCAGCACCCUGCCCUUGGGCAAGAUCAUGGACUACAUCCAGGAGGACAUGGACGCCAUGCAGACAGAACUGCAGACCUGGAGGAAGGAGAACAAAGAGCACGUGCAGACGCUCCUGGAGGAGCAGAGAGCGACGAACCAAGCCAUCGAGCCUCUCAGAGCAGAGCUGGCCGAGCUGGAUCAGCUGAUCAAAGACCAGCAGGACAAGAUCUGCGCGGUCAAGUCCAACAUCCUGAGAAACGAGGAGAAGAUUCAGAAGAUGGUGACUGGAGUCAACUUGUCCUCCAGAACGUGAAGUCUGGAAACAAUGACGCUCAGAAGGACCGUCGCUGAGAUCUGAUUGGGGAAUCCAAAAUGGCUCUCACCUGUCAAAGUUCUGACAGGAUCCUGUCUGCACUGUUGCCGCUGGUGUUCAGGCAUGAUAGAAUGUACCUAUUGAAGACAAGGGGAGCUACACUGUCGGGCAAAACUUGGAUGCAGAUCGAUGCAUCGAAUGUGUAGACUGCAUAUAUUCAGGAACUCAAACUGCAUCUAUCAGUGUUCAUCUCCAUGUUCAAACAGGGCACUGAGAAUCACUUUUCACAUUGUCAGCAUCGACACACUAAAGUCCUCCAACUAAGCCAGGACAAGUUUUUUUUUUUUUUUUUAUAUUUCCAUCUGGGGGGUCUGGAUGUCAGCACAUAAUGCUUUCACAUCUUUAACACCUAUGGUGAUGCACAGUUCAGUCAGAUGGAAAGAACCAGGCAGAGAUUAUGAAAUGAAGGAAAACAACAUGCAUGAAACUUUUGUUUCUUGUUCAAAGAAUACGUUUUCAGUAAUCACAAUAACUACAUGUUUAACACGUCAAAUUAUUUGAUUUCCAUGAGAUGAAGUUGUCAGUGGUGAAAAGAGCUCCACAAACAUACGCUUGGAAGUAUGUGCAGGUUAAACCACUCUGACAGCUGAAGAAGGUUGUCUUGGCCUGUCACUCACGUUUUUCUUUGCGUCGCCUGUCUGUUGUGUGCAAGUCUGAUAUCCAGCAUCAAGGUUUUACUUUACUCCUGACAAAGCAAGCUUGCCUUACUUUUCCCCAAUGAGGGUCAUCUGCUCCAGCUGUCCCUGAACACCUCACAAGAGCGGCUGUCUUUGCCUCUGUGGAGAACCCAUAUAACAUCUAAACACUCAUGUUGACAUUUGAAGUGUUGAACAAAUGAGUACCAUUUUAACAUAGUGGAACUUCUAAUGUUGAUGCUGUACUACCUCCCGCUAUUCACUGACUCACGGUUUAUCAUGUUCCUUUAUUUUUGAAGCACUGCUGCACUUUGGAGUGGUUUUAGAGCCCACAACCUUCCCUUAGUUCUAUAAAGACAAACAAAUCAUUUAGUUUGCCAAACUCUUUCCGACAGACAUGCUCACAAAAAAAAAACAGAUUUCCUGCAAGCUGCUCUUCCCAUACCUUAAAUAACAUGUCACGUCGCACACAAUUUUUGGCAAACCAAGUUGAAUUCUUUGCGAAAACAGUUGCUUUAUUAAUCAUUCUUCUUGAUGUUAGAGCAUUUAUACAUUUACGUAUGUAACCGUGCACACAGACGAUACUCAAAUCAGCCUAGAUAUCAGUGAUGUUUUUCAGUAUCUAUUUGACUUCUUCAUAUUGACUUAGCUGACUCGUGACAUAAUCCAUCACUAUUUGAUCACAACUAAAAGCUUGGCGCUACCGUAGGAUUGAUAGGUGUGUCGCACUUCAUUUCAUCCACGUCCUGUAGCCGUACACAUGAGCUCAUCCUAUGUCAGAGAACCAUCCACCUGUGCUCUAUUUUUAUAGUCUGUAGCCUUUUUAAUCUGUACAUUAUGUAUAUGUGAAGAUUGUAUGAUAGACCAGAUAUUUAUCUAAUUUUGUAGUGGAGUGACAUCAAUUGUUAUCACAUAAUAAAAGAUCAAUUGUCAAUACAUGCAUUUUCUCUGUCUCAUAAACA